AUGCCUGGUGCUUCCAUCCGCAAUUUCCAGGUAACCAUUGGUAACAGCAAUGUCUUCGACACGAGUCAGGAGUACGAUUUCGAGUCGUUCAAGCGUGAGUUCUCGAAGCUCGGCGCUAUCAACGGAGAUCUGUCUCAGGAGGUCAGCAAUAGUUUGAUUGAAUCGGUCCAGUGGUCGAUGGCCCAGCGUAUCCUCGUAGCGGACUGUUCGCGCCUGACUCAGAAGGAUGUCCCUCAGGCGAUCCAAGUGAGCGGCAUCAACGGUUCGGCUGCCGGCAUGGAUCUCCUCGUACUGGUCGUAUACGAGCGCGAGCUUGAGAUCGACCGUCUCACCGGAGAAGUAGCGAGAACCGAUUAA